AUGGAUUUGAUCUCCAAUGAACAAAAAUAUCUUUUAUCAAAGGGAUCAGGACAUUUUGUUCCCCUUGACAGGCCUGGGCCAUCACUGCAAAUGUUAAAUGCAUUCAUUAACAAAUAUCCAUAUUCAACACCUUUACCGAUUCCAACUGUUCUUACACCAAUAAAAAAGCAAUACAAAAUUAAAGAAAAAAUCGGAGCUAUGGAAUUGAAUGUUACUGAAGAAAGUAUCAAAACGCAAGAAAGUAAUUUUCAAGCUUCAAACAUAACAGAUUACGUUGCGUCAUUGCCUGGACAAGUAUUCAACGCAACAUUCAAAUUAUUUUCUGGUUAUCUUGACAUCGGUGGACAAAAAUUUUUGCACUAUCUGUUGACGCAGCAUGAAAAUUACACAGAAAAACCAUUAUUGUUAUGGCUUGGUGAUGGUCCAGGUUGCAGUUCAAUUUAUGAAGCAUUAACUAACAUUGGACCAUUCCGCGUUGAUUAUAAUGCUGAUUUGCUUCACGAAGAUCCAUACAGUUGGACUCAGGUACUUGAAAGCUUAUUAAUCGCUCUCAAAGUAUUUUUUGAACGUUAUCCAGUAUUAAAAUCUCAAAGUUUAUUUAUAUUCGGUAAAGGCUACGGAAGCAUUCAUGCUUUAAUGCUGGCGGAUAAACUGCUUGCUAAAAAUGAAAUUGAACUUGAUGGCAUUGGACUUGUGAAUGGAUUGUUGAAUUAUGAACAAAUUAUUAAUACAGUUGUUGGUGAAAUGUAUUUUAGUGGCUUACUUGGCAAGGAAAAUCCUUCAGGAAAUAUGUACAGAAGUUGUUACAAGGAAUUUAUUUCCUUGAAAUCAAAACCAUUAAAAAGUAAGAGUCGAGUAAAACGUCAAGCAUAUCAUCGUGGAGAUUUACCUUUGACCGAUGAAUAUCCAUUUGUGAAUCAACCUAAUAGAACAAAUUAUUUGUCCACUGAUGCAUUUGCAUCUUUUCCUUGUUACAUGGAUUAUUCCUCAGCAGUUUACUUUAAUUUGCCAGGAGUCCAACGAGCAUUACAUGUAUCUGGAGAGUGGCGCAAGUGCAAUUCUGACAUUGAUUAUUCUCGAAAAUAUUUUAAUAUGGAACAGCACUUGAAGAAUAUUUUAGAAAGAAAGCACAGGGCAAUCAAAGUAAUGGUUGUUGAUGGAGACAGCCAUUUGUAUAAUAAUUUUUUGGCAAAUCAAUGGUUUAUCGAAGAUUUUGCGACAAUGUAUAAUUUAGACGUUGAACAUUCGCAUUCUCCUUGGACGUACCGAUUAUCGAAAACGUAUCUCAAACAAUAUGCGGGAUUCGCUAAAACUUUUACUUCUAAAAUGAAUGAUCCUUUAUCACCGAUAACGAAAAUUAGUUUAGUUACAGUUAAGGGUGCAGGUUACUAUAUUGCAUUAGAUCGACCAGCACCAAUGCUACAAUUAAUUUCUAAUUUUCUUGGUGGCAGCAAUAUCAAUAAUACUGUUCCAGUACAAGCACCACAACCUAUUUUGCCACCAUAUACUCCUCCACCACCACUAAGGGUAACACGAAAAGAAGCAGACAAAGUUUAUGACCUUCCUGGAUUAACUUAUGACAUAAAUUUUGAUCAUUACGCUGGCUAUCUGUACGCAUCAGACGGAAAUUAUAUUCAUUACUGGUUUGUCGAGUCUCAGAGCAAUCCAGCAACUGAUCCAUUAAUUAUUUGGUUUACUGGUGGGCCAGGAUGUAGUUCAAUUGGAGCACUUCUUAUUGAAAAUGGACCUUUUAGACCUAAUCCAGAUGGUACUACAUUAUUUGAAAAUGUUUUCUCAUGGAACAAAUUUAGCAACGUUCUGUUCCUCGAAUCCCCCCGAUCUGUUGGCUUUUCAUAUCAAGAUAAAGAAGUUAAUCCCAGUGAAGAAUGGAACGAUGAUAUGACAAAAUACGAUGCUUACCUUGCAAUAAAAGAUUUCUAUACCGUAUUCCCCGAGCAUAAAAACAACGAUUUAUACAUUACGGGUGAAUCUUAUGGUGGUAUUUACGUUCCUACGUUAGCUUCACUGCUUGUUGACUUAAUAAAGAAUAAAACGAUUGAUUGGAAUUUGAAAGGUAUAGCAAUUGGUAACGGCUAUUUAAGUGGAAUACAAAAUGUAAGCUUUUUCAAAAAUGACUACAACUUUUACUGUACAAAGCUGUCAUAACA